UCUGCCUUUUGGGAAACUUCCAGGUUAAGAUGGCCACGGAAUAGCUGGAUAUGGCCAGACUCUCCUCACAACUGACCACAACAAAGCAUCUCAAAAGGACAAAAAUAAAAACUAGACAAGUGAAGGAGCUCUGCCAUAGGGAGCAGCCUUAAAGAAAAUAAUGGCUUUUGAGGAUGUGACUGUGGUUUUCACCCAAGAAGAAUGGGGGCAGUUAGACUCUGCUCAGAGGGACCUCUACAGAGAUGUGAUGCUGGAGAAUUAUGAGAACUUUCUCUCACUGGGAUUUCCAGUUCCUAAACCUGAUAUUAUCUCCCAACUGGAACGAAGAAAAGAGGCAUGGAUCCAAGAUAUUCAGAGCCCUGAGGAAAGGGAGUUCUCUAAAAAUGUUUAUAGAGGUUAUAAGAACAGACCUGAAAAUUACAAUUUGACUCUAAGGGAAAUUCCUCAAGAAAUUGAAUUACCUGAAAAAGAGGCAAAAAAACACCCAAAAGAUAUUACCCAAGACCCAGGCUUUAGAAGAAUCCUUAACCAGGAAGUUACCUUAAAGAAGCAGAUAAGAAAACAUAGAGGGAAGAAACAGAGUAAACCAGUUUCUCAGCAGAGGAUUCCCCAGCAAGUUUCCCUAAAGAAAAUCACUAGAAGAGAGAAAGGUCGAGAAUAUGAUUUUGGUAAAAACUCCAUUCAGAGUUCUAAUGUGGUCAUUCCUCAGAGAGCUGAAAGAAACCAUACAUGUACUAUAUGUGGUCAGAGUUUUUCCCAUCAUUUAACUUUAAUUCAACAUAGGAGAGUCCAUGGUGGCGAAAAGCCCUAUGAAUGUAUAGAAUGUGGGAAGUCAUUCAGUCGUAGUUCACAUCUUACUUUACAUCAGAGAAUUCAUACUGGGGAGAAACCCUAUAAGUGUAAUAAAUGUGGGAAAGCUUUUGGCACUAAUUCUGAUCUUGUUCGACAUGAAAGGAUUCAUACUGGAGAAAAACCAUAUAAGUGCAAUGAUUGUGGGAAAGCUUUUAGUCAGUCUUCAGUGUUUAUUCGGCAUCAGAGAAUUCAUACUGGAGUGAGUGCCUAUAAGUGUAAUGACUGUGGGAGAGCCUUAAGCAGUAAGUUAAGCCUUAUUGAACAUUGUAGAAUUCAUACUGGUGAAAAACCUUUUCAGUGUGAUGAAUGUGGAAAAGCCUUCACUCACUUCACAAGUUUAAUUUACCAUCAAAGAAUUCAUACUGGAGAAAAACCAUAUGAGUGUAAUGAAUGUAAAAAAGCCUUCAGUCGACAUUCAGUCCUUAUUCGACAUCAACGGGCUCAUACUGGAGAGAAACCAUUUAAGUGUAAUGAGUGUGGGAGUGCUUUCAGUAGAAGGUCAGUCCUUAAUGAACAUAAGAGAAUUCAUAGUGGAGAAAAGCCAUAUAAAUGUAAUGAAUGUGGAAAAUCUUUCAGUCGGAGCUCUACCCUUAUCCAACAUCAAACAGUUCAUAAUUCAGACAAACCUUACAAAUGUGACGAAUGUGGAAAAGGUUUUGGGUGCCGCUCACAUCUUACUGUACAUCAGAGAAUUCACAUUGGUACUAAGCCUUACAAAUGUAGUGAGUGUGGGAAAGCCUUUAGUCGGAGCUCCAUCCUUAACCAACAUCAGAGAAUUCAUACUGGAGAGAAAUUGUAUAAAUGUAAUGAGUGUGGGAAAGCCUUUAGUCGGAGUUCCAUCCUUAACCAACAUCAGAGAAUUCACACUGGAGAGAAACUUUAUAAAUGUAGUGAAUGUGGGAAAGCCUUCAAUCGGAGAUUCAGCCUUAUCCUACACCAGAGAAUUCAUUCUGGAGAGAAGCAGUGUACAUGUAAUAAGUGUGGAAAAGCCUUCAGUCGGAGAACCAAUCUUAUCCGGCAUCAGCAAAUUCAUACAGAAGAAGAGUCAUGA